GAAAAAGUCAAUUAUUUGAGAGAGAGUCUCUAUUUUUUUUUCAUUUAUUUAUUUAUUUUUCAAAAUCUCCAUUUGAUCUCGCUAAUUAUGAUACAAUUCAAACACCGUCUUCCCAUCCUCUUCUCUUCUCUGUCACCGCUUCUCUCACGGCGCCGCGCACGUUAGCCAAUGGACCUAAUGCAUCAUUCUUCUACUUUUUUGCUCCCUACGAUUCCCCUACACCACCGCCCUUCUCUAACGUACGCCCUUGUUGUUCUUAACCAAACCCUCCCCAGAUUCGCCCCCUUGCUUUGGAAACACGCUCAGCUUCGUCUCUGUGCUGAUGGUGGCGCCAACCGUGUGUUCGAUGAAAUGCCUCUGUUGUUCCCUGAGGAAGAUGCUUCCGAUGUUCGACUCAGAUACAAACCGGAUGUAAUUAACGGUGAUAUGGAUUCAAUACGAAAGGAAGUACUUGAUUUUUAUAGGAGCCUAGGAACGAAGAUUAUCGAUAAAUCCCAUGAUCAAGACACCACGGACCUACAUAAAUGUAUAACAUACAUCUGGGACUUCGCUCCGGAUGCGAAUAAGUCUAGUCUUUGCAUUCUUGUUGCCGGAGCACUUGGUGGACGAUAUGACCACGAGAUGGGAAACCUAAACGUUCUAUAUUGUUUCUCCUCCUUGCGGAUAGUCCUUUUGUCGGAUGAUAGUCUCAUCUAUCUUCUUCCUAGGACUCAUCAUCACGAGAUUCAUAUUCAAACAUCUGUUGAGGGCCCACACUGUGGACUCAUCCCAAUCGGGGCGCCAUCGAGGAGUAGUACAACAACUGGGCUCCGGUGGAAUCUGAAUAACACGGAGAUGAGAUUUGGUGGUUUAAUAAGCUCGUCGAAUAUAGUCGUAGGAGAGAAAGUCACAGUGCAAUCAGAUACUGAUCUUCUUUGGACCAUUUCCAUUAAAAAGUUGUAGCCUGACUUUAGGUUUCUAUGAGUUUCCCAGGUUGCAAAUUUCUCUAAUUUUUAACUUAUUUCACUUAUGAAGAUUUGUUACAUCCAAGGUGUGGUAAAAUCAUUGUUUAAUGCUUAAGCCCCUAUAUUAAGGAAAUGUGCUUAGCAUGGGUAUGUUCAAUUUUCUUAUUUUCAAGUUUUUUUCUUUA